GAUGCCAUGCCAGGCUGAGGAUGUGGACGCAUGCGGAUCCUUUUCAGGCAACACACUAGAGGACUGUGAUCAUGAUGUCAUCCCUGUCGAAAUGUCAAGUUUAGAAAAAUGUGUUACAUGUGGAGGACCUUUUUCUCCUCUGAAAUGGAGUGGUGUGAGAUGUAAAGUUUGCAAUCAGUCCUGGCACAAAAAGUGUUAUAUUAAACACAAUGUGGACGUCACUGAACUUCUGCAAGUGGUCUGUACAGAACAAAGUUCAAGUGAGGUGGCAUCAUCAGAAGAGGAGUAUGUUCCUGAUUCCAUAGAUGAUUCAAACAGCUCGUGGGAUGACAGAUCAGAGCCUUUAGAAAUCAGUCACAAACAAGUACAGAAUUGUGAGGUCUCCACCAGCAAGUCUGCUUCCAAAAAGAAAAGACACCACCAAGGAAGUUUUGUACAGGAAGACAGAGAGUCAAUUUCUAAAGAUGCAGAAUCAGUACCUGAAGAUAUGAUCAGCACAACUCAGCUUGAAGUAUCAAGAGUUACUGCCAAAGUAGGAAACGCUGAUGCCGAAGGCAUUAUGGUUGAUGAUGGUGCUGAUGCUACAGCGGAAAAUGUCUCAAAUACAUCAGCCUUGCUCAGAAAUAGAACUUACUGCUACAUUUGUGGAAAGAUACAGACAAAGUUUACACGUCACUUAAAAACUCAUGAGAAAACACAUGCAGAUGUUGCUCAAGUUUUAAGUCUUCCCAAGAGGUCCAAAAAACGUAUGAAAAUGCUUUUAAAGCUUCGCAACAAGGGAAACCACAGUCAUAACUCAGAGGUCUUGGUGAGUGGAGUUGGAUCACUAAAACUAAGACGCACAUCAAAGAAAAAGUACAAUGCAAAAGACUACAUUCACUGCAUCUACUGCCAGGCAUUAUAUCUCCGGCGAGAUCUGUGGCGACAUGUUCGACAAUGUUCUUCAAAACCAGUAGAAGCUACUUCAGAGACUGGAAGAAAUAAAGUUUUGUCUUUGGCCUCUAUGAAUGAGUCAUCACUGUGUCAGCAGAUAUCACCAGGUGUUUGGAACAUAUUAGCUGUUAUGAAAGAUGAUGAGACAACUUCUACUGUGCGAAGUGACUUCUCCAUUCUUCAGCUGGCCCAAUCAUUCUUCAACAAAUAUGGACAGGAUCCCACCAAACAUCAGUACAUUCGCCAGCAACUCAGAGAGACUGGAAGACUUCUGCUUACGCUUCGCAAGGAAUUCUCAAUACAUACUCUUGAGGAUGCUGUGAGACCUGCAAAUUUUGAUGUGGUCAUCAAAGCGGUCAAGAAAGUAUCUGGGUAUGAUGAAGAAAAGCACUGCUUCCGUACUCCAUCCCUUGCUCUAAAGUUAGGUCACUCACUACAGAAAGUCAGUGAUAUUUUACAUUGCAGAGCACUCAUGGCAGAAGACAGUACGCUGAUAAAGUCAACCCAGAGUUUCAAAACUCUCUAUUCUACAAAGUGGUCUGAACUCAUCUCUCACACCGCUUUAACUACGCUGAACGAGCGGAAGUUUAACAAGCCUUCCACUCUUCCUUUCACAGAAGAUGUUCAACGUCUUCACAGACAUCUUGAGAAGACUACAGAACAAGCAUUGAAAGACUUGGAACACCAUAGUUCAUCAAAAUCAUACAGUGAACUGUGUAAAGCCACCAUGGCAAACGUAAUACUUUUUAACAGGAGAAGAGGGGGAGAAAUUUCAAAGAUGCCGAUGAAUGGCUUUUUGGAGAGAGACACAAGUCCCUUGCAUAAGGACGUCGCAUUUGGACUGACAGAAUUUGAACUUCACCUUUGUCAACACUUUAGUCGUGUUGAAUUAAGGGGUAAAAGAGGCCGGAAAGUUGCAGUGUUACUUUCACCAGACAUGGUGAAUGCCAUAACACGCCUAGUAGAAAAAAGAAAAGACUGUGGUGUUCUGGACGAAAACCUGUUCCUUUUUGCCAGACCUCAUUGUCUGACCCCCUACAGAGGACAGGACUGUUUGAGGCUUUAUGCCAGUGAAUGUGGGGCCGAAAACCCUGAGCUCCUCAGGUCAACACAAUUACGCAAACAUGUUGCAACUUUGUCUCAGAUCUUGAACCUCAAGAAUCACGAAUUGGACCAAGUUGCUAACUUCCUUGGCCACGAUAUUCGCGUUCAUCGUGAAUAUUACAGACUUCCUGAGGCUACUACCCAGCUGGCCAAAAUAUCCAAACUGCUCCUUGCCAUGGAGAAAGGGUCUCUCAGAAACCUUCAAGGCAAAACACUUGACGAGAUAGAAAUUUAAGACAACCUACAGUUGAGUGAGGUCGAUGCUGAGAGUGAGGUCGAUGCUGAGAGUGAGGUCGAUGCUGAGAGUGAGGUCGAUGCUGAGAGUGAGGUCGAUGCUGAGCGUGAGGUCGAUGCUGAGCGUGAGGUCGAUGCUGAGCGUGAGGUCGAUGCUGAGAGUGAGGUUGAUGAAGGAAAUCUCACAUAUCCACAGACUGGUUGUGCAGAACUGUUGAUGGUCGGGCAACCUGUCGAGGAACCUGCGCCAUUAUCACAAGCACAAAGUCAACACACAGAUGCUAAGGGGGAAGAACCCAACAGAAGACUAAAAAAGAAGGACAAAGGGCCCAGCAGAAAAAAGAACACGAAGAAACAUUCUGUAUCUCUGGAAAGUGCCAGGAGAGCAAAAAAGCAUCUUUGGUCUCCCAUGGAGGUUGCCGCAGUCAUGAGACAUUUUGGCCAACACAUCAAAAAAGGGAAACUGGCCACUAUGAUUGAAUGCCAGCAAUGCAAGAAGGCUGAAAAUCUUGCUCUGGCUGGUCGCUCUAUCCAAAACAUAAGAGAUUUUGUAAGGAAUCGGGGCGUAACUUUGAAAA